AUGGCUGCGAACGGUGACUCGCGCCCUGCGCCGGGCGACCGCACCGUCAUUGGUAUCACCUUUGGCAACUCCAACUCUUCUAUUGCCUACACCGUCGACGAGAAGGCUGAGGUUAUUGCCAACGAGGACGGAGACCGCCAGAUCCCCACUAUCCUCUCCUACGUUGACGGCGACGAGUACUACGGAGCCCAGGCCAAGAACUUCCUCAUCCGCAACCCCGACAACACGAUCGCAUACUUCAAGGACUUCCUCGGCAAGGAGUUCAAGUCCAUCGACCCUACCCACAACCACGCCUCCGCCCACCCCAAGGAUGUCGACGGCACCAUCUCUUUCACAGUAAAGGACAAGGAGGGCGCCGAGGAGCCCUCUACCGUGCCUGUCUCCGAGGUUGCCACCCGCUACAUUCGCCGUCUCGUCGGCUCUGCCUCCGACUACCUUGGCAAGAAGGUCACCUCUGCUGUCGUCUCCGUCCCCACGAACUUCUCCGACAAGCAGAAGGAGGCUCUCGUCAAGGCUGCCAACGAUGCUGGCCUUGAGGUUCUUCAGAUCAUCUCCGACCCCAUCUCCGCCGUUCUCGCCUACGAUGCUCGCCCCGAGGCUGAGGUCAAAGACAAGAUCGUCGUUGUCGCCGACCUUGGUGGCACCCGUUCCGACGUCGCCGUCGUCGCUUCCCGUGGCGGCAUGUACACAAUCCUGGCUACCGCCCACGACUACGACUUCUCCGGCAGCCACCUCGACCAGGUCCUGAUGGACCACUUCGCGAAGGAGUUCAUCAAGAAGCACAACGUCGACCCUCGCGAGAACGCCCGCUCCCUCGCUAAGCUCAAGCUCGAGUCCGAGUCCACCAAGAAGGCCCUGUCCCUCGGCACCAACGCCAGCUUCAGCGUCGAGUCCCUGGCUGACGGCUUCGACUUUACCUCCACCAUCAACAGAUUACGUUACGAGAUGUCCGCCCGCAAGGUCUUUGAGGGCUUCAACCGUCUCGUUGAGGGCGUCGUCAAGAAGGCUGAGCUCGACGUUCUUGACAUUGACGAGGUCAUCCUGUCCGGCGGAACUGCACACACCCCCCGCAUCGCCGCCAACUUCGCCAACGUCUUCCCCGAGUCCACCCAGAUCAUCGCCCCCUCCACCGCCCCCUCCGCCAUCAACCCCUCCGAGCUCGGAGCCCGUGGUGCCGCCCUCCAGGCUUCCUUGAUCCAGGAGUACGAGGCCGACGACAUCGACCAGAGCACCCACGCUGCUGUCACGACCGUCAAGCACAUUGCUAAUGCCAUCGGUGUUGUCGGCGCUGACGAGGAGUUCGUCCCCGUUGUCCCCGCCGAGACUGCCGUCCCCGCCCGCCGCACCAUCCAGCUGUCCGGCCCCAAGGACGGCGGCGACGUCCUCAUCCGCAUCGUCGAGGGCGGCGCCCACAUCAAGGUCACCAAGCCCGAGCCCAAGGCUAAGCCCGAGACCAACGGCGACGACGAGGACUCCGACUUCGACUCCGAGGAGGAAGAGGAGGAGACCCGUGAGAAGAUCUGGAAGGUCGGCCCUACCCUGGCCGAGACCGCCGUCCGCGGCGUGGGCAAGGGCUCCAAGGUCGAGGUCACCAUCAACGUUGCCGCCGACCUCGGUCUCACGAUAACGGCGAGGGAAGUUGGCGGAAAGGGCGGUGUCCGCGGUACCGUCAAGGCUUCUUGA